UGCAAAUAUAUCAGCCAAGUCACUGCCAUCCGCAUCAGAUUUCUUGCGCCAAGAAGGACGGGGGAGCGCACUAGACUGCUGCGUGUGAGCGCGAAGGAGCUGUACCGAGACGAGACGCUGCAGAUAAAUACAACGACGCGAGGCGAAACAAAGCCGCCAAGUUAAGACACAACUAUGGGGAGAACGAUGUUGGGACGGUUCGGGGUUUGCUGCACCUUGCUUGCUGUAGCGCUGCAAGUAUGUUUGGCUUCUGUAAAGGUCACUGUGACUCCAAAGGUGGAAGUGAUUAAAGGAGAGACCGCCAAAAUGCCCUGCAACUACACCAUCUCUAAUCCCACCUCUAAUAUUGUGGUCCAGUGGUACAUUGAAGUCUUAGGUGCAAGAAAGCAAAUCGCUUACAAGUCUUCGCAAGGUUUUGAUGUUGAAGCUGGCACACCGUUGACAGAACGCUUAACCAUAGGAGAGGACUUGUCCAUCUCCAUCUCCCCAGUCAUGGUGGAUGAUGAGAGAAGCUUCUUCUGCCAAGUGACCGCAGGGCCUUUGGGGGUGUCUGACGCUGAGACCCAGGUCAAGGUUUUCUUUGCUCCAGAGAAGCCGGUGAUAACAGACAACAAUCAGGCCAUCACUGUCAGUCAUGACACUACUUCCUCCUCUGAGGUGGGCAAGUGCACCAGCAGGAAUGCUUACCCUCAGCCUCGUAUUAUCUGGUUUAAAGACGACAACCCGCUGCCUGAUGAAAAGAGCCAAAAGGAAAAAACGUAUAUGAUACCUAGUUUGGUGAAGGAAGCCUCAGGCCUGUUCACCAUCACUAGCACGCUGUACAUGCAGCCGGUUAAAGCCGAUGCUAAAUCAGUCUUCCACUGCACGGUGGAGUACCUCAUGCCAGAAAACAAAACCCUACACGAGAACUCUGAUAAAUUCAACCUCUCAUUGCUCUAUUCAACAGAAAAUGUUUACUUCAAAGUGAAGAAUCAGGGGCCAAUCAAAGAGGGGGAUGACGUGGAGAUGGUGUGUGAGACCGAUGGAAACCCUCAGCCAGAAUUUGAAUUUACUAAAGAGGGCUCACCACUGAGCGGACAGAAAGGCACAUUACAUAUGAAGAGUGUCACUCGAAAUGAUAUUGGAACCUAUACGUGUGAAGCUCAGGACUUUGAUGCCUCAGAUGAUGUCGAACUUACCAAAACUCUACACUUAAGCGUGCACUAUAUUGACCCUGUGGAAGUGACUCCAGCAGGCUCCUUGCUUGUUUCUAAAGGAGAUGCUGUAGAGCUUCAGUGUAAGACCAAGUCAUCUGAUGCCCACACCCUGCAUUGGAUAAAGGACUCAAAGAUGUUGUUGAACUCGGGUGUGUUGACUAUCCAGGAAGUGACUCUGGCUCAAGCUGGUGUGUAUAUAUGUGUCGGAGCUGUACCUUCAGUGCCAGGUCUCCAAAAACAAGCCAAUGUCACCCUUAACGUCAGAGGUGAACCUGAGAUCGAUGCUUCGGGGAAUGGUUUGGUUACUAAGGUGGGAGAGAUGGUCACUCUCAACUGCUCUGCUCUUGGCUAUCCUUCUUCACAAUUCAUCUGGAAACCUUCUGGCAAAGAGUCAGUGACAGUAGUGGGGAAUAGGGUGAUCAGCACGGUCACUCUUGAGGCCACAGCUGCGGUUCUGGCAAAUGGUGUGAUGUGUGAAGCAUACAAUGAGCAUGGAAGAAACAGCAGGCACUUAAAGGUGUCCAUCAAAUCAGAUCCAGAAAAAGACACAGAUUCCAAUGCCGCUAACCGAGCGGAGAAACAGCAGGGGGGUUCGAGUGCAGUCGUGAUCGCCGUGGUGGUGUGCGUUCUGCUGCUUCUCAUCCUGGUGGCUCUGCUCUUCUUCCUCAGUAAGAAGGGCAAGCUGAGCUGUGGGAAAAAGGACAAGAAGGAUGUGGCAUCUGAGGAGGUGAAAGGUGGUAUAGUGGUGGAGAUGAAGUCCAGUCAGAAAGGCAAUGAAGAGUCCGGUCUGUUAAACAAACCUCAUGCAUAACAGUGUUAAAAACGAAGGAGAUAAGAGACAAAUAAGAACAAGAUCUCCAGAGACAUAGAGGAUGGCGUGGUGGAAUUAAGAGUGCUCUGAUGGAGGAGAAGAGAGAAGAUGGAGGACAAAGAAUAUGAAUUCAUUUUUGCUGUACAGAUUUUCUUUUGGUGGGGGU